AUCGCGGCCGGCAUCGUGGCAUCGGCGGUGCAUGAGGGGCAGCUGCCACUUGCCGUGGUGGAGGAGCGUUUGGGCCCCAUCCCUGCGCUGCUCAUCCGGGACAUGCUCAAGGUGCGCACGCUGCCGCAGCGCUGCGACGUGUACGAUGACGUGGCGACGGGGGCGCUGCGCGAGCUGUGCCUGAACUUCUACGAUGCGCGGGCGAUCGUGGUGGAGCUGGCAGCCCUGGAGGCGCUACAAAUCUUUGCUCCCAUGGGCCAUGCGCUCGGCCUCGCCUCUGUCAGCGCUGAACUGGAGGACCGCUGCUUCCAGGCGCGUCAUUGGCUGUUCCCGCGUUCGUAUGCUCAGACAGCGGAGUGGCUGUGGCGAGAGAGGACGGCAUACCAGGACACCCUGGCUCGCUGCCAGGCCCGCCUUGACAGCGCUCUGAGAGAAGAUGCCACGCUUGCCAGCCUGGUUGCUUUCUGUCAGAUACAAGGCCGUACAAAGAGUCUGUACAGCACCAUGAAGAAGCUGCUGCGCAUGGACGAUGUGGCCAAGGGGGGCAGGGGGCGUGACGAGGUGUAUGACCUGCUGGGAAUGCGCGUCAUUGUCACACCCUACCCCGACCUGCCUGUUGAGGAAGGGGAGCUGGCCGCAACCCAGGCGUGCUACAGGGUACGUGAGCUAGCCAAGGCGCUGUGGGAGCCAAUAGAGGAGCGGGACAAGGACUACAUCGCGGCGGCCAAGCCGAAUGGGUACAGGUCGCUGCACAGCACACUGCGCGUUCCCUCCCUGACACUGCAGAUCCGCAGCAAACGCAUGCACGAGGAGGCGCAGUCUGGGGAGGCAGCACAUGCUGCGUACAAGGGCGGCUUGGCGCCUGACUUGGCGCGGAGGCUGCAUGGCUUCCUGGAGAUCUCUGCCAACCCGCCGGCCCUGCCAGCCCGCUCCUGGAACAGCUCUGAAGCCGCCGCUGAAGAGCUCUUCAGGUGUGACUUCGGAUGUAUUACAUCACGUGCAAGGCAUUCCCGCAAGCUAGCUAGUAGUUUGCUAAAUAUGCAGAGCAUGCGGUCAGCUGGGGACUGCGGGCAUGUGCAGGCAUCUGGACACAAACAGCGAUGGGUGCAUCAGUGA